UAAUUUAGUUUUAUUAUCUAAAUAGGAACAUAAUCAAUGUGUAGUAAUAAUGGAUCUCAGUUCACCUUCCUCUUCACUGUUGAGACCACUCAACAACCAUAAGGUGUGUGUUGAAGAUGGAUCAUCAUUGUCCAUGGGUUAACAACUGCGUGGGCUUCUCCAACUACAAGUUCUUCCUGCUGUUCCUCUCCUACUCCAUGCUCUACUGCAUCUUCAUUGGAGCCACUGUCUUUCAGUACUUUAUCAAAUUCUGGGUGGGGGACCUGCCCAACGGACGCACUAAGUUCCAUGUCCUCUUCCUCAUGUUUGUGGCACUCAUGUUCUUCGUCAGUCUUAUGUUCCUAUUUGGUUACCACUGCUGGCUGGUGGCCAAGAACAGGUCCACUCUGGAGGCCUUUUCUGCACCAGUCUUUGUAACUGGUCCAGACAGGAACGGCUUCAACGUAGGCCUGAAGAGGAACUUGGAGCAAGUGUUUGGAGAAGACAAGAGGCUGUGGUUCAUCCCUGUUUGUACCAGCCAAGGAAACGGACAUUACUUCCCCCUCAAGAGCCAAAGUGAGUCCAGGAACCCCUUACUGGCAAAUGAGGAGGGCUGGGAUGAGGAAGAGGACGAGUCAGAGGAAGGCUGCUUGGAUCUGGACCCUUCGGUUACAAUAGAGAUGGAAGAAAAACUGGGACACUUUGUAGAGCUCUGAGGACUAUGGGACUGCACACGUAGAGCUGUAUUGUGGUUAACACAUUCACAAUCCUGUGAAGCCUUUAGAAAACUCUGAAUAGGCAUGUGUGGAUGGAUGACAUGGUUCUUGUUGAAAAAGUAUUGUGGGUUCAUGUGGUGUACAGAAUAUAGUAAUUGAAAAAAGUCCAAAAGAAAGUUUGGAUUAUCAACAAUAUUCAUUGUUUCUUUUUGGAUGGAAAUAUUGGCAUCAGUAUCUCCCUUGGUUGGGUAUUGUCAUUUAUGUCCAAUGUGACAGAAUAUAUGAAUGGCUCUUUACAUUGCUUCUCCUUUGCAACUGCAACUGGGACAUAUUUUGCUCAUAAUGUCUUUUUAUCCAUAUUACUCUUUCUGUCUCUGUCUCAGUCUCUGGUGUGAUGUUGUACAGUACAAAUACUUUAAAUAGCAAAGCUCAGGGCAUCUCUUGUUUUGGGGGUAUAAAAACCAAUACCACACCCUACCAGUCUAGAGAGACCUCUUGUAGUGUAGGAGCUUUAUACUCCAGCUCAUGAACCUGUUCAUUUGACAAAAGUGGCAAUUCCUCUAACUGUUCAUCAGUGUUUGUUUUAUGAUAGUUCUAUACUACGGCCCUUUAAUACUUUUUCCAACACCUAUAACUCUGAGAUCUUAAUGUUUUAAAUAAAGUAGCAUCAGAUACUA